UAGAUUCUCACUGAGGGCUAAGCCCCCCUGACGAUCAAAUCCUAGAACUGCCCCUGCAUUAUGCCUUCUGAUAAAACUCUAUCAUAGUUUACUCAUGUCCAGCCCCAUGCUACGCUCUCAAUCAUUCAACCAUAUUAAUUAGGUCUAUAACAGUGCAAAUACUCUCUCAGGUCAAUUGCGUUUGGUAGCUGCUCAAUCUUUGGAAUGAUUCUCUUUCUUUACACACUCCUUCUUUUCCAUCACCUUUAUAGAGAGGCAGAAAGCACACUUUGCCGAAUGAUGGGAGAUCCUAAGAACCCACUACUUUCCAAGGAUGGAGAUGUAACUAUUGGAGGAAUUUUUGCAAUUCACAGUAAAGAAACUUUACCUUCAUUUGAGUUUAAGCAAACGCCUCAGCCUUUAUCAUGCUCCAGUGUGAAUCUAAGAGACUUUCGUCUGGCUCAGAUAAUGAUCUUUGCCAUUGAGGAGAUUAACAGAAGUGAAAGUUUGCUUCCAAAUGUUUCUAUUGGCUAUCGAAUUUAUGAUACUUGUGGUUCAAGACUGUCUUCUAUGAGUGCAACUAUGGGAUUGAUGAAUGGUCCAGACUUUGUAGUAGGGGAGACAUGCAAUGGGCAAUCUUCUAUACAUGGUAUCAUAGGAGAAACUGAGUCCUCUGCCACAGUGAUUCUGUCCAGAACUACAGGACCUUUUAAAAUUCCAGUGAUAAGUCACUCAGCCUCAUGUGAAUGUCUCAGCAAUAGGAAAGAUCACCCCUCAUUCUUCAGGACUAUUGCUAGUGAUUACCACCAAGGCAGAGCACUUGCAUACAUAGUCAAGCACUUAAAAUGGACCUGGGUGGGAGCUGUGAACAGUGACAAUGACUAUGGGAACUAUGGAAUGGCCAUAUUUCUGAAUACAGCCCAGAAGGAGGGGAUCUGUGUGGAGUACUCUGUAAAAUUCUACCGAACAGAGCCAGAAAAACUCAAAAAAGUAGUACAUACAAUUACAAAAAGCACUGCAAAAGUGAUUGUUGCAUUUGUUUCAUUUCUUGAGAUGGGCUUACUAAUUGAACAGCUGAGUAUUCAGAAUAUCACAGGCUUUCAAAUAAUUGGAGUAGAGGGAUGGAUAACUUCAAAAAAUUACAUAACUCCAAAUAGUUUUGGUUCACUGGGAGGAUCACUGGGUCUUGCAUUGAGAAAAAUCAAUAUUGAAGGAUUUUCAGAUUAUGUUACAAAAGCAUUCUGGGACACAGCUUUCCCAUGCUCACAGAAGCAAGGGAAUUCUUCUCAGUAUGCAUUAAGCUGCAGCAGAUAUCAGGAUCUACUUGUUCUGAAAAACUACAAUGAAGAUGUGCCUGACCACAGAUAUUCAAGCCAUGUCUACAAAGCAGUUUAUGCUGUGGCUCAUUCACUACACAGUCUACUCAAGUGCAAAGAACAAGAAGGCUGUGAGAAAAGCCUGACAAUACAACCACAACAGGUGGUUGAGGCUCUCAAAAAAGUAAAUUUUACCGUAAAGUUUGAAGAUCAUGUGUGGUUUGACAGCACUGGUGCCACAGUAGCCCAUUAUGAAGUUGUGAACUGGCAGCAGGACUCAAAUGGAUCAUUCCAUUUUAAACCAGUGGGAUACUAUGAUGCCUCACUGCCCCCUGACCAGCGCUUUGUGCUCAAUACUAAAAACAUAAUCUGGGCAGGAGGACAGCUGGAGAAGCCAAGAUCCAUGUGCAGUGAGAGCUGUCCUCCUGGCACUAGGAAGGCUGCACAGAAAGGAAGAUCUGUCUGCUGCUAUGACUGUAUUGCAUGUGCAGAAGGAGAAAUCAGUAAUGAGACAGAUUCAAAUAACUGCAAACAGUGUCCAGGGGAAUACUGGCCUAAUGCUAAGAAAAAUAAAUGUGUUUUAAAGGAUGUAGAGUUUCUGUCAUUCACAGAAGUUAUGGGUGUAGUGCUAGUAAUUUUCUCAUUGUUUGGAGUAGGAUUAACUGUGCUGGUGGCCAUCCUGUUUUACAGCAAUAAGGACACCCCUAUAGUAAAAGCCAACAACUCAGAGCUGAGCUUCCUGCUGCUCUUCUCUUUAACUCUGUGUUUCCUCUGUUCACUUACUUUCAUUGGUCAGCCCACUGAAUGGUCCUGUAUGUUGCGUCAUACAGCGUUUGGGAUCACUUUUGUCCUCUGUAUCUCAUGUGUUUUGGGGAAAACAAUAGUGGUGUUAAUGGCUUUCAAAGCUACACUUCCAGGAAGUAAUAUCAUGAAAUGGUUCGGCCCUUCACAACAACGACUCAGUGUUCUUGCCUUUACACUUAUACAGUUUCUUAUCUGUGUGCUUUGGCUAACAAUAUCUCCUCCAUUUCCCUACAAAAAUAUGAAAUAUUAUAAGGAAAAAAUCAUUAUCGAGUGCAGUCUUGGAUCUACUAUAGGUUUCUGGUCUGUGCUGGGUUAUAUUGGUCUACUGGCUAUCUUGUGCUUCAUUCUGGCUUUUCUGGCUCGCAGGUUGCCUGAUAACUUCAAUGAAGCCAAAUUCAUAACAUUCAGUAUGCUCAUAUUCUGUGCUGUAUGGAUCACAUUUAUUCCAGCUUAUGUCAGUUCUCCUGGAAAAUUUACUGUAGCUGUGGAGAUAUUUGCAAUUUUAUCAUCAAGUUUUAGUUUACUAUUCUGUAUAUUUGCACCUAAAUGUUAUGUUAUCCUGUGUAAGCCUGAACAAAAUACAAAGCAACAUGUAAUUGGAAAAACAUAUUCAAAACCCAUUGAGAAAUAAAAUAAAAUGUCUCUAGUAAAACUGUUUUUUAAUAGAUUAUUAAAAAUAUAUAUAUUACUGAUCAAAUUCACAAAAACACUAGCAUGUAAAUUGAUUUAUAAAAUCAUUAAACUUUUAUCCUCAACACAAGUAUUAUGCAUCUUUGUGUGAUUUAUCAAUUCACAGUUCAAUUCACAUUUAUUUGUAUAGUGCUUUUCACAAUACAUAUAGUUUCAAAGCAGGUGUGAUUGUGUCCAAAUUCUGUCAUUUCAGAAAUGUACAUAUACAGAUCAUACAGUUAGCUAACAAUGUAUCGAUUUAAGCACUGUAUUAAUUCAAGGCAGAAACAAUGAGCUCAUGGAAGUAAUGAAUGCAUGUUAACAAUGAUAAGGAUAUAUAGGAAAAUUUGGAAUGGUGCAUGUUGAUCCAGAGUUUGCAUCAUCUGAAGUCCUCAUAGAGGUUGGGGUAAUCUCUUCACAGGUGUUGAGGCAUCUCAAGUCUUCAUAAGAGGUUGGAUCUAACUGGAGCUGAUGCACUCUCUAGUCACCUUGAGAUGGAUAUCCUGAGAUAAAACAGAAAAGCAAGUGGAGAAUAAUUAGCGUAGCUGCUCUUCAUAACAUUAAGCAAAGAUAAUCAUGUGAAUUUAAUCUGAUAUAACUGGAAUACAAGGAUAUGGGAUGCAUUAUGUGAAUGCUUGGCCAAAGAGAUGUGUCUUUAAUCUAGAUUUAAACUGAGUGAGUGAGUCUGAGCCCUGAACAUUAUUAGAAAGGUUAUUCCAGACUUUAGGAGCCAAAUGUGAAAACGUUCUCCCUCCUUUAGUGGACUUAGAUAUCCUAGAAACUACUAGAAGCCUAGAGUUUUGUGAUCUUAAAGAGCAUGAUGGGUUGUAGGGCGCCAGAAGAUCAGUUAAAUACACAGGAGCUAAACCAUUUAGGGCCUUAUAGGUCAGCAGCAAUACAUUAUAAAUGAUAUGGAACUUACAGUUUUUCUCGAUUGUUUAAACACAUUUCUUGAAACUAUGCCUCAUAUUCUCAAAACAGUAAGCACAAAUCCAUAACAUCUCACCCAAUUCCCCAAACAUCCUAUUUUCAGGUCAAAAUGAAGCUCUGCACUCAACACCAUUCACUCUUGCUGAAAAACCAAACUUUGCCCAUCAGACAUCACACACAAGCCUUCAAAAACACACCCACUUCAACAUAGUCUUACACACUGGUGAGGUAAAUUCAAAAUAAUACUACAAAAAGCAAUAACCAGUAAUAAGUUGUGUUGCUUGUGGUUCUCCCCCUCACUUUUCACAUGAUGAACAUGUGCAUACAUUUGCACAUUUUUUUAUUCCUUAAUGUACUGUACAGUACAAUACACCAAACAACAACAAAAUAAUAUUCUGCCCCAGCAUCACAUCUUUGGUCUGUGAUAGGCCAGAGAAUCUCGUCAACAUCACAGGCUGCACUGGCCCUAUCCAGGCAGCGGGGGUAAAAAUCCUCUUGCAUGCCUGAUCCACCCCUGGCACACAUCAACUGAAAUGUCUAGUCAGGCUUCUUCUAUUCCAUCAUCUCUGUGUCCUACAAAAAUUAGAAGUACUGAUUACUGUAAAUGUAACACACCCUUUUUACAAAAUGAAAGCAGACAGAAAUUCUAUCUGUUUGUAAGGCAAGUUGAUGCAUGUGUUGUAACGGAGUACAGCACUCAAAAGUUACAGUAGAGUACACUGAGGUACACCUGCCUGUUUUCCUCCCUGAAGGUUCUUAUGAUCGAGGUGAUGGUGAAGCAACUUAAGUUUGGCUGAACUUAUUGCCCAGCCUCCUUCAUAGUCAUACCAUGGAUAAGGACAUGGUCAACUAGUGGCACGAAUUUCAUCUGAGACUCCUUAUCUACUUGCACCUCAUCCUCAUCCUCCUCCUCUUCCUCAUCCUCCUCCUUCACCUCUUCCUCCAAUCCUUAUCGCUCUCGCUCAUCCUCUUCCUCCUCUUCCUCCUCUCAGGUGUCCUGAACCUUUUCAAUCACGUCUCUCUGGAUCUAUUGUUCCAAAACUGAAUGAACUCGGGCUAUUUUAUCUCUCUGUUGAAGGUUCUGAUUGGUGUGUGAUAAAUUUUGACUCUUAUUGUUUUCACGUGGGUAACUGUGUGCUAAUUGAGCUCAAGCUAUGCUGACUUGCAUGAACAAUAUUUAA